AGCAUCCCCGCGGGUCCCCACCCCAGAUGUAAAUCGGAUCGCAGCCCCUCGCCCCGGCGCCACCCACGGACUCAGCCCGCGUCUCCUCUAGUCAAGCCCAGGGCUGCAAGAUGUGGCAGCCGGCCACGGAGCGCCUGCAGCACUUUCAGACCAUGCUGAAGUCUAAACUGAAUGUUCUUACCCUGAAGAAGGAGUCUCUCCCAGCAGUCAUCUUUCACGAACCGGAGGCCAUUGAGUUGUGCACCACUACGCCACUGAUGAAGACUCGGACCCACAGUGGCUGCAAGGUCACCUACCUGGGUAAAGUCCCCACCACAGGCUUGCAGUUUUCAUCCGGCUGCACAGAAAAGCCAGUCAUUGAGCUCUGGAAGAAACACACGCUAGCUCGAGAAGAUGUCUUCCCAGCCAAUGCUCUCCUGGAAAUUCGGCCCUUCCAAGUGUGGCUCCAUCACCUGGACCACAAAGGCGAGGCCACUGUCCACAUGGAUACCUUUCAGGUGGCCCGUAUUGCCUACUGCACGGCCGACCACGCCGUGAGUCCCAACAUCUUCGCCUGGGUAUACAGGGAGAUCAACGAUGACCUGUCGUACCAGAUGGACUGCCACGCUGUUGAGUGUGAGAGCAAGCUGGAGGCCAAGAAGCUGGCCCACGCCAUGAUGGAGGCCUUCAGGAAGACUUUCCAUAGUAUGAAGAGUGAUGGCCGAAUCCACAGGAACAGCUCCUCUGAAGAAGCAUCCCAGGAAUUGGAAUCUGAUGACGGCUGAAUGAACUUAGAGAGCUUUAGCCGAGGCAGCAAUGGUCAAGAAAUGGAAGUUGAUAGAUGAGAUAUCAGUGAUUCAAAUUUGGGAUGAAAAGACUGCCAAACUCUUGGCCAAUCAUGCUUUUUAAAUUCAGAAGAGCAAUUCUAAAUCAAAAGAAAUGUAUCAUUAAAGUAAUUGCGUUGCAUUGAAAUCUGCUGCUGCUGUGACUAUAAGGAGGGUGGGCAUGUGGAUGGGGAGAAAGGCUCUAGACUCCCUUCCUCUUUUUCUUCUUCUUCUGUUUCCUUAUUUCCCAGUGCCUCCCUGUGGAGACCCCCAUGCUGACGUUCACCACUCUCAGGCAAAUACUCUGCGGCUGUCAUUUGAUGAAUUGUUCCAAUUUGCCUUAUGAAACCCAACAAGAAUGUUAGAUGCACCUAUAGGAUCCCUGAUGGGCAGUUGGAGAUGUUGAUGCUGAUGCGGAUGCGGAUGCGGAUGCUGGUGUGGAGGCCUCAGGGCUGAGAGAAUGCCUCUGGAUGCUUCUUUAAAGCCCAGACCCAUGGCAUGUCUCCUGAAUCUGGGAACGAGCACAGCCAUUAUUGAGCUUUACAACUAACAGUCCAACACUUGGCAGUUAAUUCACAGUUGAAGACAAUGCUUUUAUCGCAUAACUGUAUCAAGUAGUACCCUUUUAUUGUAUUCAUAUCAUCUAUUUUCUUAGGAGACUUGCAACUACUAACCACCCCUCCCCUUCUCCUGCCCUCUCCAUCCUCCUUCCCAUCCCAGCCCAUGCCAGUAUCCCUUGAGAGAUGGAUUCUCCACUUACCCUACAGGACACCCAAAGGGAAGAAAAUAACCAAGCAAAUAAAAUCAACAGUCCAACCAACCGGCUGUGGCAACAGGAGCUCUGGAGAAUAGAAAAUGCGUUUUCAAAUAAUUGGGCAAAUUCCCUGCACGCUGCCCUUUUCUCAGCCCAAUGUCUGGAAACCUCCCUAUCUGAUGGUCCUGGCUGAUGAGCGCUUCAAGGCCAGCUUCGCAUUUGGUGUUGAGUGUGACCCUGAAUCCCUUGCCACCAUCCCUCCAUAUUGCACUCAACUUAGGCCAUCACUUCUCUGCACGUGGCUUGUCUGAAGGAGCAGGAAGAUCUUAAAGGGAAAUCGGACCAGCUCACCUUAAAAUUGGAGAGAUUUUAGAGGUCAGAGCUGCCAGUGUGGUCACGAUUUCUAAGGAGACGCUCUCCUUCCAUAAGCCUGAGAUUUCUGACUUUGAUGGAUCGCUAGAUGUCCUAUGUGCAAAGAGUCAGCAUUGACUGUAACAGAAAGCAUUUGUUCAAACGCACACACUUAUGGCUGACAGCAGAUGACUGGUUUUGCAGGGAACGCUGCUCCUGUCUCAAAGUCUGUUUCGACUCCUGGUGAUGGUAGGGGCACUGCAGCACCUUACAGUAGCCUUAAAUGAGAGCUAAAGGAAUCCAGAGAGAUGUGGUGUCCGUGUUUGGUCUGUGUAUCUGUGUGUCCAUGUAUGUGCCUGUGUGUGCACCUGUCCCUCCCCUCUCCCCAUAUGUGGGUCCCAUGUUAAGGCAUGUAGAAUAAGCAUGGAGUUGUACUGAGAGGACUCACCUGUUGAAGAUAUGCUUGUUGCUUUACAACAUAUGUAAACCCUUCUAUAGCGUAAAAGCAUUCACUUUUAAUAAAAAAGAUGUUUGAAUUAAUAA